AUGAACGUGCAAUAUAUUAACUCCCUUGGUAGAGAGAUGAGAAAGUCAAAUGGGGCAAACAUACCCUUGAACGUUUUAUUGAAGCUAAAUAACUCUUUGAGAAAAACCAUUCUUAGCAAAAAGUUUUAUGAAGAGGUCACUGAUAAAGUAUUGACUAAAACCUCAACGGUAGACACGAACUUGUAUUUCAUUUGCUAUUUUACAUUGUUGGUAUCGAGUAUUUUGAGCAACAAGGGUAAAAUAAAAAGAUUUUUGUUAAAUCAAAAGUGCAAAUUAAUAAAUUUAAUAAACAAAGUAGCUUUUCAUACAUUUGGAGUUCAGUUAAAGGACACAUCAAACAAGAAGAUUGCCGGAUUUUUCCAAGAGCGCCCACAAAGUUCAGCUCCAUCUGCUUGUGAAACAUCUAACUUAGCUGUACACUUGAAGGAAAUAUCUACCUAUUUGUCGGAUAUCAGAAUUUUCAAUAGGUUAUUUGAUUCUAUCAAAUACAUUCCAUGGGUGCUUUCAGAAUUGACUGCUCUUCGAGAUCCAAGUAGUAGUGUCUCAAAACUUGACAGAAUCAUCAACCUUUUACAGUCCUUGAACUGUUUGAUUCUAGAACUCCUCGAAAAUGCUGGAUGGCUCACGGAUCACAAUUGGGUUGGUACAAAUGAUAAUACUUAUUGGUGUGUUGAAACAUACAUAUGGUGCUGUAGAGUGUGGGGCCUUUAUCUAGUUAUUGAGAUAAUCGAGCUUUUAAGACGUACUCCAAUGAAUAAGUGGAACAAAGAUUGGAGAAUAAGUUUGUUUUCGCAACUAAUACAAAUUCCGUUAGUCGUACAUUGGUCAUUGUACGAAGGGUGCCUAAGUCCAUUUUGGGUGGGCCUUUGUGGUAGUGGUGCAUCUUGGUUCAACUUCAAAAAUUUGUGGCUUUCGCUAGACUUGAAGUAA